AUGUCCUCGACAUUGAUGAGUCUUCGACUUGUUGCUCUUGGUGCCCUUGAGGACUUUGUCGACGAGGUCGAAAGAGAUAGCCGAGCUCAACAGUGGUGUGGGGUAACGGAUGAGAGUUCCGCUGGGAUCGCUCAAAGGGAAAUUGGAGACGACGAAUAG